CGGUGCUGGAGGAGAGCAGCAGAGAGAGACCGCACACAUCCAUCCAUCAUACCUAACACCGUUUAUCGCUCUCUGUGGUCUUUGCUGCGAUGUUGAUCCUGGACGUGUUGUCCCCGCUCCUCCUCCUCUCCAUCCUGUUGCCGCGCUACGGUUGCCGGGCGGCAGACAUUCCGGAGGACACUAUAUCAGAGUUCUCGGUCAGACUGUACCACCGGCUGCAGGCGGCAGGGGAUCAGGAUAACAUCAUUUUCUCUCCGCUGAGUGUGGCUGUGGCCCUGGGCAUGGUGGAGCUGGGAGCCAGGGGCGCUUCACUGGAGGAGAUACGACAGGCUGUUGGAUUCAGCCACCUGCUGCCAGGUGUGGAGUUCUCUUUGCUCCAGAACCUGACCGCAGCUCUGUCCGAAGAAGAUACCCACUGCGUGAUACGAUUUGCAAACAGCCUCUUCCUGCAGGAAGGCGUCACCUUUAACCCAGAGUUUCUGCAUCUCAUGAGGAAAUACUUCCGGGCUGAUGUGGAAACAGUAGACUUCAGUGAAUCAGCAGCCGUGGCCGAGCAGAUCAACAACUGGGUGGAAAAUCAUACUGAGAGUAAGAUCCGUGAGCUGCUAUCAGCUGAGGACUUCAACAGCGUGACCCGCCUGACCCUGGUGAAUGCGGUCUACUUCAGAGGCUCCUGGAAGAACCAGUUCAGACCAGAAAAUACCAGAACCUUCUCCUUUAGCAGAGACGAUGGCUCUGAAGUCCAGACGCUCAUGAUGUACCAACAGGGAGACUUCUACUACGGUGAAUUCAGCGACGGCUCACAGGAAGCUGGCGGUGUGUACCAGGUGUUAGAGAUGCCCUAUGAAGGGGAGGACAUGUCCAUGAUGAUCGUUCUGCCUCGGCAGGAGGUGCCCCUGGCUUCCCUGGAGCCCAUCAUCAAAGCACCGCUGCUGGAGGAGUGGGCUAACAAUGUCAAACGGCAGAAGGUGGAAGUCUACCUACCAAGGUUCAAAGUGGAGCAGAAAAUCGACCUGAGGAGCACUCUGCAGGAGCUGGGAAUAAAGAAUAUCUUCACUAACGAUGCUGAUCUCUCUGCCAUGACAGAUGGUAAGGACCUGUUCAUUGGGAAGGCAGUUCAGAAGGCUUACCUGGAUGUGACUGAGGAAGGGGCAGAGGGAGCCGUUGGGUCAGGAAUGAUCGCCCUGACUAGGACUUUGGUGCUGUACCCACAAGUCAUGGCCGAUCACCCGUUUUUCUUUGUCAUAAGAAACCGGAGGACAGGGUCCAUUCUCUUCAUGGGCAGAGUCAUGACCCCUGAAGUCAUCGAGCCCAACGACCAUGACUUUGACUCUAUGUAACUGCAGUGUGAGGUCACUCACUCUCAGAUCCUGACGUCAUAGCUACCUAUCCUCUAUAUCACCAUCUCCUGCUGUGUUUUAUACUCUUGAGAAAUUAAAAUACAAACUGAAUAUUAUACGAUGUAUUAUAUAUUGGAAAAUGACAUACAACAUAUAAUGUGACUGUGUUUUGAUACUGGAAGCUUUAAACUCUUGGACACAGAGAUGCAGAAAGAGGAAGCUGUACAUAUUCUCUGGUAAAGGAUUGUUUGUAUAUGAGAAAGAAGAACACAUGAUAUGUAAUCCACGCACAACCCCUUUAAGUUCAGCAGCUUCGUACUCACUUGCACCCACACAGGAUGCACAGAAAAGGUUUUCUCUCUACUUCUUUAAAAUAUAUUUACUCUUUAUCACUCCAGAUACAGUACGUGCACACUGUAAGUUUCACACUUUAAUUAUAUCCCUGUACAUUUGACAUUGUGUUCUAUAUAUACAUAUAUACUCAGUAUUUAUUGCAGAAUAAACGUGCAAACAUUUUGUCCCUAUACAAUGAAUCUUAGUAAUACAUCUGUUUCAGACAGUAUUCUAGACAUUUUUUACACUGUAGGCACAUGGCUAAACUGCUGAUGAACUAAUAUGCCUUAUCACAUCUGAGUGGUUGAUUAAGCCCCAGCUGGGCAUCUCACAGGUGAGCGGAGGGGAAUGCUAAACUAAAGCAGGUUGCUAUAGAGACGGACCAGAGCAUGCAGGCGCACUGAAAAAGAUCUGCUGCACCGUUUUGGAUGUACGGGGAGAAACAGUAACACCAGCUGUAUUCAG